AUGAUUGACUUGUCCUGGUUGCCGAAUGUUUCCAACAAAAAGAUCGUCUUGGCUUCAGCAUCGCCACGAAGACGAGAGCUCUUGAGUCAAAUGGGAGUCAAGUUUGAAGUCGUACCAACCCGUGCGGAUGAUUGUGUUGAUCCUUUUGAGUAUCGACUUGCUCAAUCGUAUGUGAGUGAAACGGCUGAAAUGAAGGCUCAAGAAGUAUGGGAACGUUGCCAGAAUGAUCCUUCACUACCGGAUGCGGAUAUCGUGAUCGCAGCAGAUACAGUUAUCAAUGCCAGCCCUAGACAUUGUGAUAUUCUUAACAAGCCAAAGCAUGCCGAUCAAGCCGAGAUGAUGCUCACCGCUCUCAGCGGCAAAGAGCACCAGGUUUUAACGGGAGUUCAUAUCAUUUUCUCAGACAAGAGUUGGCAUGGACAUUAUCGUGAACAACACUUUGUGGAGGGCACCAUGGUCAAGUUUGCCGAAAUUGAUCCAGGAUUGAUGAAAGCAUACAUCGCAUCGGGUGAACCCUUUGACAAGGCUGGCGGAUAUGGAAUUCAAGGACCUGCUGCCAUGUUUAUUGAAUCGAUUGAAGGGGAUUAUUACAAUGUGGUGGGGUUACCUAUUCAUCGACUCUAUCAGGAAUUAAGAGAUAUAGAACAAGUUUAUCAAAGACUACAUUAA